AUGAAGACCUAUACUACCCUGAUCAUGGUCCUGGCCUGUCUGUCCGCGACUGCGCUGGGCCAGCUCCGCUGCAAGACGGAGGCCGAUUGCCCGGAUGAUGCGCCGGUUUGCUGUGGAAUCUCGCCCAGCUACAAGUACUACUUUGAGUCUCGUGCCUUGGUCCAACCUGUACUCUGCAUGGAUCCUUCAUGGAUCCCUGGGCAGCAUAGGAGCGCACAGAUUUUCAAACUUUCCCUGCAGGAGCUGCAGGAGCUUUAUCUCGCGCGGACGCGAGAGUAUUAUCAUUAUAACAAUAUUAUACGUGACUGCAACAAUAUUUUCUGGUGA